ACCAAUAGGCGUUCGGGUGGUGGGGCCGCACGGUUACUUAGCAACUAACGACGCCACCGGAUAUAAAGCAAGUUUUGGUUACACUAAACAGACAUAUUUUCACACUCCUCGAUAGCAACUUUCUAGGAGUUCCAGAAGAACUUCUUGACGACUAUCUUCGAGUUUUCCGCGCUUCAUUCUUACAAGAGGAAGUCAUCCGUCGAUAUACCACGCGCUAUGACUCAAUCCUUCGUGGAAACAGCGAAGUUUUUAACUUCUUCGACGUUUGAUCCUCCGCCGUAUCUAAGGCCACCUGGCGGACCUUACGAAACAACAUACACUGCUUCGUUCCAGACUGGCCGACCUUACACAUCGCCUCAUUAUUCGUUGAGGCCGUUGUCAAGAUCUUUUGAGUUCCCUUCAAAGAUUCUGAAUGGAUCAUCGACUGGCUUAGAACAUUUACCGUACACUGCCGUCACCCAGCGAGCCAUUCACAAAUAUUCGCCGCAGCAAUGGCGAACGUCGAACGUUUUGAAUGUAUCUUCAGGGGAGAAGGAACGCGCGACAGCGGAGAGACUGCGAGAUGAAUGCUCGCGGCUCCGAACAGAGACUGCUCUUCUCACUCACCGUACCCAGACAGAUGUUAACAAGAAGCUGGAACACCGCAUCCACGAUAUCACCUACUGGAAGACGGAGCUGGAGAAACAACACGCGGAGACUGUGGCGGAGAUCAAAGCGUUGCAGGCGUUUAUCGGUCGCUUAGAAAAAGCUUUAGCGGCGACAGAAAGGCCUUUGAACGUCUCUAAGCAGUGUCUGGAUUACAGAGAAAGGAGAGUGAAGAUCGAUUUAGUCCACGACAAUGUGGAAACGCAUAUCAGCAAGGAAGUCGAAAUGAUCGAAAACGUGCGAGCUUUACUCAAGAAAACGAUGGAUCAAGCUCAUGAACAGCUGUGGCUGUUGCGCUCUGCUAAAACUCUUCUGGAAAAGGACCUUGGUGAUAAAUAUGGAUCUCUGGGCAUUGAUGGAAAAUGCACCACCCUGAAUAACUUCUCCAAGGACAUUCAUUUUGCCCCCCACUCUGUCACAAUCCAACAACACUCCUUCACCCCGGACGAAUGGGAAGCGUAUUCUUCAGAAAACAUUGCCAAAGCUGAGCGAGAACGCAAAGCGUCCGUGGCUCUACGAUCAGAGAUCAAUGGAAUCUUGAUGCAGACUUACGUUGACCUGAGGAACAUCUUUGAGACCGUAAACAAUGAGUUCAGCAAGCGCAUCGAGGAGACACUGACUGCUAAGAGGUCUCUUGAGAAGGAACUGGCCAGGGUGAUGGACGAGAUAGCGUCUAUGGAAAAUAACGUGCGUGAUCUCAGACAAGCUAUUGCAGACAAAGAAAACCCUCUUAAAGUUGCUCACACCCGUCUCGACAAGCGCUCCUUGAGACCGAAUGUUGAGCUGUGUCGUGAUCCAGUGCAGUACCGUCUGGUCGGAGAGGUCGGAGAGAUCAACGUCUCCAUUGAUCGCCUGCGCAUGCGCUUGGCUGAGGCCGAGGCUUCCUUAAUGUCGUUGCUAAGAAACAAAGAGCGCCUGGAGGAUGACAUCGAGGUGAAAACCAACAGCCUUUUCAUCGAUCGAGACCAGUGUAUGGUUAUCAGGCAACAAGUCCGCCAUAUUUCUCACUAAAACAAAGGAAAGAUUUAAGUCAGCUAAGAUGUACGUUAAUGAACUCAAUGAUGUUUUAAGGUCUAAUUUUUAUUUAAAAUUAUUGGUUCGAGGCAGGAGACUUUUACCGGUAUCGAUGAGUUCCUUUCAUAAAUUCGUUGUCUUGUGACAAAUUUUAAAAAAGCAAGUCAGGAAUAAAGAGAAAAAGAGAAUAACUUUAGCAGGAACUUCCUUGUACAUGAAGUAUCUAUCUAAGAACGGAUGACAAUGAGAAAUUCGAAAUAAUGUCCAAACGUUUUAAGUUGGUCGAGUUUUAUCCAAAUAUUUUUCGGCAUGCACUCUUUGACCGGUACAGGAAUUUUACGGAUAACUCCAUACCUUGUUUUAUUUCACUGUAAGUCAUAUCUAAGUGCUAAACAAGAACGGAGAAGAUACGUUAUGGGAUCCAAAUGUUUAUGUUCAAGGUCGAGUUCCGCCUCUCUUGCUUUAAGAAAUCUUUAAAGGAGUGUUGUUCUGCACAAAAUAUGCACCUCUGUAACUCGAAUUAAGUAACAGGAAUUUCCCACUGCUGUAUUGAAAUUGAAGAGAAAAUGAGGAAGAAUAAGGAUAUGGUCGAUAAGGAACAUGUUUGUAAAUUUACUUAUAAUAUAUCACUAAACAAAACAAUGAUGGCUUGGAAAUGUGAGAGCAAAGCGCUUUGAACGAAGGCUAAUGCUCAGGCAGUUUAGAAAGACGAUGGGUGGGGAGGGAGGUCAAUAAUAUCUUUUACAAGUGUUCGAUUUAAAGCGCUCCCUAGGAGAAAUAAUGAAAAGCUAGACUGCAUUUCUGGUUGUGAAUAACUUUAUAAUAAACGUGCAAUAAAUCACUUUUUAUCACUAA